AUGGAUUGGAUUAAUUUUUUUAAUGAUAAUAACAUUGAAAAAAAAAAUGAAGAUAAAUGGAAAUUUUCUGGAUUAAACAUCCAAGAAUGUGAAACUGCAAUAAAAAAUGGAUGGAGUGAAUACAAAAUACUAAAUAACUAUGUAAAAUAUCGAAAUUUCAGAAAAAUAAACGUUUUGGAAGUUGAUAAAUCUGAAUUAGAUUUGUCAUUGGAUAUACUCGAAGAUAUUCUUGAUAAAAAUAGGAAUACUUUCAAAUCUUUACCUGCGAAUCACGAAGAACUAAAAAUAAACAAUCUAAAUGAUAAAGUAUUACCACGUGGUGCUAAAAAAAUAGAUCUUUUAAAAGCAAUAAAUGAAAAAAGAAAUACCUUUAGAUAUAAAAUAGAUGAACCCAAUAAUGAAUUUGAUAAUGAUGGUUUAGAUCCAAAUAAAUAUCAAAAAAUAUUAAAAUCUAUAAACGAAACUAAAGAAAUAGUAUUUGAUAAAUGGAAAAAUAAAGUAACUCCUGAAUUUCUCAAUAAAUUCUUGAGUAGCUUCUUAAAGAGAAAAGGUGAUGAAAAUCUUAAAGAAAAAAAUCUUGACAAAUGGUUGAAAGGAGAAGAGGUUGAAGUUAGUAAAGAUAAAUUAAUGGGAUACACAUUACAAACUGAACCAAUAAAAAUAAUAAAAGUAGCUGAAAUAAUAAACGGUAAAUUCACCGGGAAAAUCAAUCAAGAAAUUUUAAAUAAUGGAAUAUCCGGUGCUGAUGUUUUAAUAGAAGAAGAAAAACUGAGUAAAACAUUAGCAGGUGCAUAUCUACUUCCAUACGUUUUCAACUUGAUAGGUUUCGAUCCAGAUAAAUUAGUAAAUGACAAAUAUGAUCCUAAAGAUCCUGAUAGUAGUAUUUAUAAUAUUGACAAUUUUGCCAAAACAAAAAAAGAAACAAAAACUACAAAAGGAAAAGCCAAAGAUCCAAAAACAGGAAAAAUAAAAGAAGUAUCAAAAACAACAGAAACAAUAAUAGUCGAUGUUGAUGGUCCUGGAGUCUUGCCUAUAUUAACCGGCGGUGGUAAAACUACUAAAUUAACAAGAUGUCUGUUAACAUGUAUCUUUCCUGGAAAGCACAUAAUAUUAAUCACACCUAACAAUGAAUUAGCCGCAGAUGCUGCCAAUCAUCACACAUCUUGGUUACAAUAUAGAAACAAUGUCCCGUACAAAUGUGUGAUUCAUGGAAAAGAAGGUAAAUUACCUUACAGUGUUAAAAAAGAUACUCUUGCUUCAUGGGAUAAUGGUAAUGAAAUAAUUGGAUAUCAACAAAAAAAAGAAAGAGGUAAAGAUAUAGACGAUUUAACAAAACCAAUAUACAAAAAAGAAACAAGUGGUAAAGAUGGUGAAUCAACAUUAUCAAUAUUGCAAUUACAUCAUCUAACCAGAUACAUCGCAUGUGGAAAAACCAAAAUCAAUGAAUUAGUAACAACAUAUUUUCCAGUCAUAGCUUAUCAAGUAAUACAACCUUUGCUCAUCAGAAUGGGUUAUAAACUUUUAGUAAUGAGUGCUACUUUUCCGAAAAAAAAAUUUUCCAUAUCAACAUCAAAACCCAGAGAAGUUUAUUCAAUAACUGAAUUCAAAGAUCAAACAGAUUGGGCUAAUGAAAAAACACAAAUAUUUUUUAAAACAACCACAGACGAGUAUAAUCUCAAACCAUCAGGUGAAGAAGAUCUAAAUGCAAUAAGAUUAAAAUCUGGAUUAGAUCCAAAAAAAUUUAAAAUGUUAGAAGAUAGUGAUAUCCCGUUUGUAAUAUUUGAUGCUACAAAUUCUUCCGCUGUAACAGGUAUAACUGAGGGAAUGCCACCUGGUUCUCUCUUCAUCGCAAAUGUAAAUUAUGAAAUGGGUUUCUCCCCAGAUGUUGACAAUGUAAUAUUAACCGGUGAAACACAAUUAAAAAGAUUAGGAACUGAUGCCCAAAAAUGGAUUUAUGAUACUCCUGAUAUCAAUUUCUUAUCCGUUGCUAGUAUGGUUCAACAAAUAGGUCGU